AUGCUCACCGCGCUGCUCGCUGCGCUCUCCGCGCCCGAGCAGGACCGCGUCGCGAGCUUGCCAGGUUAUGGCGAGCCGCCCUCGCCUCAGUUCUCUGGCUACCUCGACGCCGGCGCCGCGGAGCCGGGCACGAAGCUGCACUACUGGUUCGCUGCCGCCGAGACUGCGGACUGGGCCAAGCGGCCCGUCGUGCUUUGGCUCAACGGCGGCCCCGGCUCCAGCAGCCUGCUCGGCAUGCUGCAGGAGCAGGGGCCGCUCAUCAUCGACCGGAACGGCAAGCUGAUGCGGAACCCGUACGCGUGGACGACGCUCGUCAACCUGGUGGCGCUCGAGUCGCCGGCCGGGGUCGGCUUCUCCUACUGCGCGGCGAUGAAGGCGGGCGGCAGCUGCUCCAACACCGACGUCUCGACCGCCAGGGCGGCGCACGCGGGGCUGCAGGACUUCUUCUCGGCCAAAAAGUUCCCGGAGCUGGCCGCCAACGACUUUUACAUCACAGGCGAGAGCUACGCGGGCGUGUACUGCCCGACGCUCGCGGCCGAGAUUGUGUCCAACCCGCGCGGCGGGCAGCGCAUCCGCCUCGUCGGCAUGGCGGUCGGAGACCCGUGCACGGACAACGCGGCGCAGCGCCAGUCGAUGGACAUGCUCUGGUACGCGCACAAGCACGGCCUCGUGCCCGAGGCCGAGUACCACCUCCUCACCGCCUCGUGCGGCUACGAGCCGCCGCCCUCGCACCUGACGGCGGGGCAGUGGCGCGUGGCGGCGGACGGCAGGCGAAACGCGUCGAGGCGCGGGAGUGGCACGUGGAACUACCGCACUGCGGCCUACCUCAACUCGCAGCCCGUGCGCAAGGCGCUGCACGUGGCAGGCGCCCCCUCCGCCUGGCCCGGCCCCGCGCCGGGAUGGAGCUACAGCUCCUCCUACGCGGCCUGCAACGUUCGCGCACCGCCCGGCACCGACUCGAUGGUCGAUUUUUACCGACGCCUCGCCCCCGCGCUGCCCGGGCGGAUCGUCGUCUUCAACGGCGCGCCGCCCCCCUCGUCCGCUAGCCCGCCCGCUCGCGACACGGACCCGUGCGUCUCAUACGAGGGGACGCGCGAGGCGCUCCUGCGCGUCGGCUUCAAGGAGGUGCAGCCGACCCGGCCGUGGUUCUACAACAUGACCGCCGCGCCGCCCGAGCUGCUCGCGCGGAAGGACGUCCUCUUCGGGGGCCUCCUCGCCUCGGCUGGCGCGGGCGCGCAGUUCGGCGGGCAGGUGACCGACUACGAGCACGGCCUCUCCUUCGCCACGGUGCACGGCUCUGGCCACAUGGUCCCCACCUUCCGCCCGCGCGCCGCCCUGACCCUGCUGCGGCAUGUCGUCGAGAACUCGACCUUUGCGCCGCCGGUGCCGAGCGACGCCGCCCUCGCCGCAAUGGGCGGCCCCGAGUUUGACGGCUUCCUCGACAAGUGGGUGGCGGCGGCGGCCGGGCCGGACUACGUGGGCAAGCGGGGACGGCGCCGGUAGCGGGGCACGCGAGGCCUCGAGGUGUGACGUGGAGAGUGUCCCGCCGCCAUUUUUCGUGUCAGAUGAUGCGAGCGAGUUGUGCUAUCGAAUACGCUCAACUGACAACUCGCAAGCCUGUGCUCCCUCGCACCGC